UGGUUUCAAUAAUAAUCUGAAAAAUCAGCUAGCUUUAAUCGAGGAUCGGACGACUGUAAAAAAGCCCUAGCCUCUCGAUGACGAUAGAUGCAGCCUUAACGUACUGUGUACGUAAAACUGACUCACUACUCCCUCGAAUUUUAUCAUAACUGCUCCGACCCGGGUUCCUCAGACCAGCAAGGUAGCAAGAAUUAGGAAGUACGAGGCUGCAGCUUGCUAUAUAGGUACGAGGCUAUCUAGCAAAAUUGAUCAAUCUGUGAGAGACAGCUAGCCAGGGAUCGGACUACUCGGAGUGAGAGAGAUGGCGGAGAAUACUGGUACUAAUGUUAGGGUGGUGACUUCUUCAGAUGAACAAGGUGAUGAUCGUAUUCAUGUCGGCCAGGAGGAAGGGGAUGAUCAAGAUGAGGACCAGGAGGAAGAAGCUCUAAAGAAGAUGAUAUCAGGUCAUCCAUUAUAUGGAUUGUUGCUUGAGAAUCACAUCAACUGCUUGAAGGUGUGUUUGGGUGGUGAAAUUGGUGCAAUUACGGGAAGCGCUAGUACUACUACUUCUGUUACAGAAGACACUGCCAAUAAUAAGAAGCUCAAGGCCGCCCUUUCCAAUCCUAGUUCCUCCGACCUUGAUCAAUUCAUGGAAGCAUACUGCAAAGCCCUAAAGAAGCUUAAAGAAGCCAUGGACAAUCCUCUAAAGGAAGCAUCAUCUUUCAUUAACUCUGCGCAUACUCAACUUGAGGAGAUCACCCAAGACUCCAAGGAAAACAAGCAGGGGCUAAACCUGACUGAGCCAUCGAACACCGUCAAGUAGAGACGUGGUUUAAUUAUUAUAUGUGUGUUUGAUUAAUUAACUGAAUUAAUAAAGAUUCGGUAGCUACUAAUCAGUGCAUUUUUCAAUAUUAGUAAGUAUAUUUUUUACACAUAUAUAUAGUAAUUUCAUUAGCUAAUGAGGAACAAAUAUACAAAAGAUGGGAGGUAAGCAAAGAGCUCGGCAUAAUCCAUAUGAAGCUCGAAGAGCAUCGAUCUCCGGCGGUUCUAGUAAAUAAUAGGGUGGAGGCUCAACGGGAAAAAAUAGCAGAGGAAAUCAAUUCCAGCAGAUCUACCAAUUCCUAUGUGGAUUUAGCAUACCAAGCCUCUCUGCCAAAUUUGGUAGAUCUCUCAAAAAUCUGUCAAUUUUGUUUUUGUUCACUUUUCAAUAGAUUGAAUCCUCUUCUCCUUUACCAACACCCCUUCCUAUAAGAGGGAGGUCAUAGACAAAUCACAUAUGCGAGAGUGAGGUCGGAGAUUAGAAAGAGAACGAGGUCAUGAACUUUGGGGCCAGAGAUCAUAGUGAGGAUGUGUUGGAGAUGUCUAAG